AUGAACGAAAAUGAAACGAAAAAAAGAAUUCGUAAUUGUGUUUUUAACGAUGAAUGGUUAAAAGAUCAAAUAUUUUCUGAUUGGAUCGCUAAACACAAUAACCCUAAUAAAGCACGAUGUAUAUUAUGUCAGACAGUUUUUAGUGUUAAGUAUGAUGGCGUUAAAGCUGUAAAAACACAUCAAGAAUCAAAAAAACAUGAAGAAUCCGUCAAUUCUAUAAAUAAAUCGUCCACUAUAAAAAAGUUUUUUCCUACAAGGAAUGAUAAAGAUGAAGACAAAAUAGCAGCCGUUGAACUGAGUAAGUGUUUUCAUGUAGUUAAACACCAUCAUAGCUAUCUUUCCAGCGAUUGUGGAGUAAAAUUAGAGUCGAAACAUUUCUCAGAUUCAACGAUAGCUAAUAAAGUCCACCUGGGUAGAACGAAAAUGGAAGCUAUCGUCAAAAAUGUACUAUGUCCGUUCGCUAUUGAAAAAGCAGUAAUAAAACUCAAAUGUCCUACUCCUAUUCCCUUUUCUAUAUCUACAGACGCUUCAAAUAAGGGAAAUAGAAAAUUUUUUCCAUUAGCGGUUAGGUUAUUUAAUUUUGAAGACGGAGUGAAAGAUUACCUUUUAGACUUUUACGAGGAACCAAACGAAUCUUCACAGUCAAUUUUUGACACGAUUACUUCUGCAAUUGAAUCUCUUGGCUUAGAUAUAAAAAAUAUAACAGCUUUUGGUGCCGAUAAUGCCUCUGUUAAUUAUGGAAAACAUUGUUCGGUCUUCGAAAAAUUAAAAAAUAAAAAAUCCAAUAUAAUUAAAGCUAAUUGUAACUGUCAUGUGAUUCAUAACGCAGCAAAGCAUUCCAUGAAAGUUAUAAAAUACGAUGUAGAAACGUUGGUAUUAAAAGUUUUUAAUGAAUUUUCUAUGAGCUCCAAAAGAGUAGAUGAACUUAAAGAAUGUUUCGAAUUUGUACAACAGGACUAUCAUAAUGUAUUGCGACAUAUUCCGGUGAGAUGGCUGAGUUUGUUUAAUGCCGUGGACCGAUUAAUUUUAAAUUGGAAUGCAAUUAAAACUUAUUUUAUAAAAAAAGGAAAAAAUGAAUGUGAUAAAAUCAUAUGGACAUUUAUUGAAGAUCAGAAAAAUGAACUUUCUGAACAGUUAACUUUAAGAGAAUGUUACAUUUGGUUUGUUCAUCAUGUGUUGUCCAUUUUUCAAAAACAUAUUUUAAUAUUAGAAAAAAAUAAUUUAAACGCUCCAGAAGUCUAUGAUGUAAUGUUAAGUUAA